AUGCAAGUGGUCUGGAGCCAUGUCGUGGCCGACGUCGUGCGUGAGCAUGCGGGCGCCGGCCUCACCAAGGUCGCGUAUGGCGAUGCAAAUAUGACGACGACGACGUGGGUGCCCUCGCACCGCGCGCCCAGGGUCCUCGACUCGUCGCCUCUCGCUGACGCGCCGGGUGUCACCGUGCACACGACUGCCUCGCCCAUCAUCGGGCGCGUCCUCGCGGCGGCAGCGCCCAUGGCAGCCGGCGACAUUGCGUUCUCGGCCCAUGCGUUUGUGUCCGUGCUCUCGACACCGCACCUGCUCACGCACUGCCACGCCUGCUUUGCCAAGCUCCGCGGCCGCGCCGUGCAGUGCGCGAGCUGUGAGCGGGCACGCUACUGCGACCGGACCUGCAUGCAAGACCACUUGCUUCUGCACGACGCCCAGUGCGCAGCUCUGCAGGCGCUACCGACCGUCGACAACGAUCUCGUCCGGCUCGCGCUGAGCUGCCUCAUCAUGGAGCUCGCGACCAACAACGCGUCCGUGUUGGCCACGCUCGUCGUCCAUGCCGUGCCAUCCAAGGAGCGCCAGCGCUACGAGCGGUACGCCAAGUUGCUGCUGUCGCACUUGCCGUCUCUCGAUCGCCCGCGCUGGCUGACACCCCAGCACGUGCUUGAUGUGCUUCUCGCCGUGCGCUUCAACGCCCACCCGAUCGUCACCGAUCUCCAUAGCUCAGCAUUAGGCCUGGGUCUGUUCCCAGACGCGGCCAAGAUGAUCAACCAUGCGUGUCGACCAACGACGUAUCCGCGUUUCAACACGGCGACACGAGCCCUCGAGUUUCGAGCGCUGCAGUCCAUGGCACCAGGAGCACUCCUCACGUAUUCGUACCUGGACGUCUUUGGGUUUUGCCUUCUCGAGCCGCGACAGGCGCGUCAGCAGCUGUUAGCGACAACUUUUGGCUUUGACUGCGUCUGCGGCCGCUGCACGAGUGACGACGUCCUCUCGCAUGACGACAGCGCGUCCUUGACGCCGUGUGAUAAGCUCCUCGCUGAGCUCGACGAUGCCAUGGCGCGCCAGGCCUGGACGACUGUGGUCGGUGUCGCCUCCCGGCUGCUGGUCGAGUGGACCGAGAGAGGGCUGCCCGACGCCUACCCGCUCGUGUACCUACUCCAGACCAAGCUCGCAACUGCACACAUGCACUUGGGUGCAGCCCCUUUGGCUGCGAGCGCGACCGCUGCUGCCACCGCCGCAGCGACGGCCUGCGGGUUUGAACCCGCGCCGUAA